AUGGAGAAGAAUCCGUUAAUGGAGGCUGCUCGAAAAGGAGACGUCGAGUAUUUACUCCGAUCAGCGGAGUCCGAUCCAUCUCUUCUAGAAAUUAUAAUCAUCGACGGCGAAGAAACGCCGUUACACGUUGCCACCAUGUACGGACACCUGAGCUUCGUCAAAGAAAUCUUAAAGCUAAGAGAGAAUCUCGGAAGAGAACUGAACAAAGACGGAUUCACCCCUCUUCAUAUAGCAGCAUCGAUGGGUCACGUUGAAAUCGUGAGAGAGCUUUUGGAGAAGCUGAGUGGUGAGAUCUGUUUGAUCAAAGGUAAAGAGAGAAAGAUUCCUCUUCAUUACGCUGCUAUGAGAGGAAGGGUUUGUGUUCUUGAUGAGUUAGUAUCUGCUAAACCAGAAUCUCUUGAAGUAAUUACCGCUCGUGGAGAGACAGUGCUUCAUCUUGCGGUUAGGUUCUGUCAGUUCGAUGGGUUCGUUGCUCUUUUGGAAUGUCUUAAGGAGUUUGAUAAGCUUUGCGUGUUGAAUAAGCAAGACAAUGGAGGGAACACGGUUUUGCAUUUAGCUGUUCAUAAACGACAGUACGAGGUGAUUGAUUUGUUGCUUGGCUCUUACGGCACCAACAACACAAUCCCAAGAGGUUUCAUUGAAGUGAACUCUUUAAACUCCAAAGGCUUCACACCUCUUGAUUUGUUACUUAACAUUGGAGAUGAACCAGAAGACUCAGAGAUUUAUCAAAUCCUCCGUGAAGCAGGAGCUGUAAGAUCAAGAGAUCACAACACAAGACAAACAACAACAGAGAACGAAACAACACAAUCAGAAGAAACUCUGAUGACUCACAAGCAAUUUCUUGAUUACUUCAAGAACAAGAAAGAGAAAAUCUCACCUAACGAUAUCCGUAGUGUCUUACUGGUUAUCGCGAUUCUGAUAGCCACAGCUACUUAUCAAGCCGCGCUAAGUCCACCUGGAGGUGUUUGGCAAGAAGAUUACUGCGUCAAAGGGUACUGUCAAGGAGACAAAACCAAACGGAUCUAUCACGCGGGAACAACGAUAAUGGGAUCACAGAACUGGAUCUCUUACGGCAUUUUCAUCUUCUUAAACUCGGUAGGGUUUUUCACAUCUAUUGAACUUAUCUCUCUACUCACAAAAGGUCUUCCUUUCUACCUUGAGAUGCAAGUUUCUCUGAAUGCUGUUGCCUUGACCUAUGGAUUUGCAAUGGCUGCACUUUCUCCUAGUCUCGGCUUAGGCAUGAUCUUCCUUGUGAUCUCUGUGGUAUUACCAAUCGCAGUAGCGAAAAUUCCGAGUCUAAUCCGAAAACAUGCCAAGAAAUCAAGAAUCUCUACUACUACAACCACCACCUCCUAA